AGCGAGCCGCCAUAUUUGAAUUUAAACGUCUUUGUCCGCAGUGUUGCCCAAGUUUUCUUACGUUUUAGAGUCUCGGGGAAAAUUAUAAGCUUUUAUUACAGGGUUGCUGAUCCUUUUGUUGUUCUGGUGUAGAAGACAGGUAUCCAACUGCCAGGAUGCCUCCACGCUCCCGGUCGUCAGCAGACAGCAGCGAUGCCUUCAAAGUGGCCAUACGUGUGCGGCCACUCAUCGCAAGGGAAAAGAAGACUGGAGCUCAGAUGUACUGGUCAUGUGAUACGAAGCAAAUCUUCCAGCUUGGGCCAGAUGGUAGACAGACUGGGCUGGGACACUUCUUUGAUCGCGUUUUUGACCACGAGGAAACAACCCAGGACGUUUAUGAUGAGAUUGCCCAGCCAAUCAUCGAAAGUGUGAUGGAGGGUUACAAUGGCACAAUCUUUGCUUACGGCCAGACCAGCUCCGGUAAAACAUACACCAUGAUGGGUGAUGGUAGGACAGAAGGCAUCAUCCCAUAUGCCAUAGAUGACAUGUUCCACUUCAUUGACCAGCAUCCUGACAGAGAGUACCUCUUCCGAGUCAGUUUUAUGGAGAUCUAUAACGAGACCGUAUCAGACCUGCUGGCCACCAAAGAUGCAAAGCCUGGGGGCUUACAGAUCAGAGAACACUUGGAAGGCGGGGUGUAUGUUGCUAACCUGGAGGAGAAACUGGUCCGCAGCAAAGACGAAGUCCUGGAGUGGAUGAAGAAAGGAGAAAAGCGAAGACACGUUGCUGGAACCAAUAUGAACGAACGCUCCUCACGGUCACACACCAUCUUCCGAGUUAUUAUUGAGAGCAGAGAGCAAGGAGCCAAGGAUGACGCAGUGAACGUGUCUCAGUUGAAUUUGGUGGACCUUGCUGGAUCUGAGAGGGCCAGCCAGACUGGUGCUGAAGGACAAAGACUGAAAGAAAGUGGUGCCAUCAACCAGUCUUUGCUGACACUCAGCAACGUAAUCCGGAAACUCAGCGAAUGUCCUCCUGAAGGGGCUUACAUUGCAUACCGAGAUUCCAAGCUGACCAGAAUCUUGCAGAUGAGUCUGGGCGGAAACUCCAAAACGGCUGUCAUAUGUGCAGUGACUCCAGCAGAAGAAGAACAAACCAAGAGUACGCUCCAAUUUGCCACAACAUCGAAGUCCAUCAAGAACAAGCCUGUUGUCAACGAAGUUUUGUCAGAGAUGGCUAUGCUCAACAGAGCUAAGAAGGAGAUUGCCAAUCUGCAGAAGAAAAUCAAAGAGAUGAAUAGCCAGACAGGAUUCCUGACCCUGGAGCAGGAUAACGAGGAGUUGCGACAGAAACUACAGGAACAGGAGCUGCUACAACAGGAGCAGGAGAAGAAGCUGAAAAACAUGGAGCUUUUCAUGUGUCGAUCCAGCAUAGAUACUAAAGCUCUCACCGAAAAGGCAAAGAAAAACCCCAGAAGAGCCACCUGGUGCCCCAGAGUGGGACAGCAGUCCCGCCUGUCCUUUGACCCCUCCUCGUUCAAACCACCAAACCAGGACGUGAACCUUUCCAUGUGUGAUGUACCAGAGUUCUCCAUUCCCCGCAAGAGAAGGAAACAUUUCUCUGGAGAACCCAUCUUUGGUGACCUGGACCCAGUGUUGGAGUCCCCGGCAGGAGAAAGCUUCAGUCUGGAGGGUGGUUCGGGGGACUCCCUGCCUGACUUUGACAUGUUGGAGGAGAGCCGGUCCAGUGUGAGUUCUACCCGCUCCAGCCGCUCCAGCCGCAGGGUGGCCUUCAUGCCCACUCUGGACGAACUGCCCAAACUCAUGUUCAUCGAGGCAGGGACGCAAACAGAGGAUGCAGAGGAAGGUUCUGCCAACAAACAGGAUGACAUCCCUGACGCUGCUAGUGCUAUGUCUGAGAAGGAACAGAGUCUUCAACAGGAGCUACAGUUCAAAAAGGACCAGUGUUUAAUGCUGGAGUGCCAGCUAUCCUCUGUGAAAGAGAAAUUUGAUGCUGUUGAAGAACAAAAGGACAAGAUAAUCCAAGAGCUGGAAGCCAAACUGGCCACUCACGAGGAGGUGGUACAACAGCUGAACGAGGUUAUCAAUGAGACAGUGGAGGAGAAACAGGGUAAAGAGGAGGAACUUGUCACUCUUCGAGCUAAAGUCAGUCGCCUGGAGUUACGCUUGAACACAGGUAGCCACAGCAAUGAUGAACUCCAGGACACGGUGACCAGUCUGGAGCAGCAGCUAGCCACUGUGCAGCAGGACAGGGAAACAGAAGUCAACGCCUUACGAACUAACAUCAACAUGCUGGAGAAACAGCUUGAAGACCUUCGUGAGCGGGAUGGGACAGAGAUCCUGAGUCUACACGACCAGAUAGCCGACCUGGAGGGAGAACUGGCAGCAUCACGCCAUCAGAACAGCUGUGAUGAGGUCUUCCUAGUUGAACAGAAGAAUGUUGCAGAGGAACUCGCACAGAAAAACCAGGAGAUCGCCGUGCUGCAAGAACAGCUGUCUAACCUUGAGAAUCGCAGGAGGGCGUACAGCACGUCUGAUGCAGAGGUCAUUGAACUCCGCAAGACCUUGGAUGAGGCAUUCCAACAGUGUGAACUGAUCCUGGCAGAAAAGACUAAUCUGGAGACUGCUAUUAGUGAACUACAAGACAACAACAUUAGGCUGCAUGAUGACUUCCAGCACAUAGUUGUUCAGAAGGACCAGCUUCAGGAUCAGCUGAAGACAAAGGAGGAAGAGUUGAAUGAGCUGGAGGAGUUCACCCGUCUGGAGAGAGAGAUGCACGAGGAGGAGAGGAGGGCACAGCAGACUGACAUUGCGGAGAACAGUCCCUCUGAAGAUGAAGUAGCAGGUCUGAGGAAAACUGCUGCUGAUGCAGAGGCUCUUACACUGGAAACUAAUAAGAAACUUACAGAAGUGUCUGCAGAGAAAGAGGAGCUGGUCUCCAGAUUGGCUGGACUUGAGAAAAAGCUUGAGGAGUUGGAGAGGGAGAAUGCAGAUGCAGAGUCUUACCUACACCUUGAGAAAGAGCAGCACCAGCGUAUGGUGACAGACCUCAGAGACCAGCUACAGAAGUCCUAUGAUGAGAGUGCCCAGCUACGUCUGCUGGUGGAGGGGGACACAACAGUGGACAUAUCAGCCCAGCAGCAGUCUACUGACAAGAUCAACGCCCUCCAGCAGAAUGUGCAGGAACUGCAGGAAGCUCUCCAGGCCAUGACUGAAGAACGGGACCAGGUCAGGGUGGACCUGGGAGAGUCUGUGGAACAGGUUAUGGACUCCCAAGAAGAGCUGUACAAGCUGCAGCAGAGCCACAGUGAACUACAGACCAGACAUGAGCAGCUGAGUCAGGAACUACAGAACAUACAGACACAGGGGCAGCAGUCAGGGGCAGGGGCUGACAGUACUCAGGAGAAGACUGACAGACUAGAGGCAGACCUAGAGAACACAGUAAUCCGGCUGACUGAGACUGAAGAGGCUUUACAGCAGAGUAAAGCUCGUGUUACAGAACUGGAGAGACUAACUCAGGACACAGCAGCUAAGGAGGAGGAACUGAUUCAGCUGAGGGAAGACCUGGCCACCAGCCAAGGGAGUGUGGAUCGACUGUUGGAACAGCUGAGUUCCCUGGAGCAGAAAGAGGCAGAAAAUUCACACCAGGACCAUACAGCACAUCUGAAGGAGGAGCUUGCUGCUAAGGACAGUCAGAUGGAGCAGAUGUCUGAACAGUUAAAGACCUUGGAACAGAAGUCAGCAGAAGAUUCGCUGCAGGUAUCUGCAUUGAAGGACCAGCUGUCCAGUGUGAAGACAGCCUUAGCUGAAGCAAAGAAGCAAGUUGAAGACCUUAAGGAGAUCAGUGUAGCCAAGGAUGACCUGUCUAAACACCCUAAGGAUGUUCAGCUACUUCACGAGCAGCUACACCAGGCCAGGAUGGCUCACGCUGAGUUACAGAAGAGGUAUGAGAGGCUGGAACACGAUCUCAGCUGCGCCCAGGAUUUCAAACUAGCAGAAGCCAACAAGGACAUCUUCCAGCAGCAGAAGAUCAGCCGGCUGGAGAUGGCACGCCGAGAGUCUAUGGCUGUCUCCUCUAAAACUAUGGAGGACAACAGGAAGGAGAUAGACAGUCUAACCAAGCAGCUGAGUGACCUGCAGGCUAAGCUGCAGCACCAGACCCUGGAGUGUCAGCAGGCCGUACAUGAAAAGGAGAAGGCCGUGACCAAACUGGAGGAUUACAAGGUCCAGGUACGAGACCUGGAAAACCUUCAUGCCAGCCAUGCCACCAACACAAGCAGGCACCAGAACAUGGAUCCUGACAAGAUGGUGAAGAUCAUAAAACAGCUGGAACUGAACUUGGAUCUUACCAAACAGAAAGUCCAGAAACUGGAAAGUGACAACAAGAAACUGCAAGAAUUAGAAGACACAUGUGACAGGUUGCAGUUUGCUAAGAGCCAGCUGCAGGGAGAAGUGGAGAGGUCCAAGCUGGCCCUGGAAACUGAGCGGGAACAGAACUCCAUCCAGCAGCGCCGAAACAACAACUCCAACGCAGAGAUGGCUGAGAUGAGACGGCAGGUGGAGAAAUCUGCAGAGGAAGCUAGAACGGCCUCAGUAAUGUUGGCUGCAAAGGAGGACGAGAUCAAAGCUGUACAGCAGGAUCUGGAGGCUGCCAAGAACAAGCUUCAACAGGACAGCGGCAGCUCACAGGAACUGCAGAGAACCAUCACGGAGCUCAAGCAACAACUACAGUCUGCAGAGCAUGAGGUAGAAGUGACCAAAGGACAGCUUGGUGCUGCAGAGGAGAAUUUCCAUGCAAGCAAGGAGAGACUCACACAGACAGAACAGAAGCUAGACCAUUCCUCCAGGGAGCUACAACAGGCUGGGCAACAGAUUGAACAGCUGAGGAAGGAUGCGAGACAGCUGCAGGACAGGUGCUGUGAGCUAGAGGAGGUUGGGAACAGCGCAGCUGCAGCUGCUGACCAGCGGGUAACAGACCUGCAGGACAGACUGACCGGCCUGGAGUCGGAGAGAAACACCCUCCUGGACGACCUAAGGACCAUCAGUGGACAGAAAGGGCAGUUACAGAAGGACAUGGAGAAGCUACAGGAAGAGCACAGCAGCCAGGUGAACUCCAUCUGUGACCAGCUAACAGCCAUGGAACAGGAGAAGGACAGCCUGAGACAGCAGCUGUCCCAGCAAGGGGAGACUGGACAGGCGCUGGCCAACCUGCAGAUCAAACUUAACCAGGCACACGAUAACCUCAAGUUGGAAACAGCCAAGGUAGGCGGCUUACACAUGGAGCUCUCCAAGAGCAAGGAAGCUCUGGCGGAGUUGGAAGCACAAGUGUCGGGGCUGCAGGCAGAUGUUACAGACAAGGACAGCCAGGUGGCAGCUGCUGAGGGUGCAGCACAGCAGCUGCAUACACAGCUGCUGCAGGUGCGCACUGACACGGCCAUGCUUGACACACAGCUGGAGGAAGCCAGAAGUCAUUCAGAGGACCUGUCAGCUCAGCUAACACAGACACAGGCAGACCUGACAGACCUGCAGGACAAGUACAACAACUCACGUCUGGAGGUCAACGACUUACAGGAUGUGACAAAUGAGUUUAAGGAGGAGAAUGCUGUCCUGGCCGGGCAGGUUUCCCAGCUGGAGACUGACCUGGAGCAGACCAGAGAACGUGUGUUUUACCUGGAGGACAGACUCAAGGAAGCGUCAUCCCAGCAGACUGAUGCCUCAGAGCUCCAGAACCUCAUGACAAGACUAACUAACCUGCAGGAGGAAGGACAGCAGGAGAAAAACAAGUUUGAGGAACAAACUAGAAACCUGUUGGACCAACUGGAGAAGAAGACAGCAGAGGCACAGGAGGAUAAGAAGGCGCUGGAGGACUUCCAGGAGUUCCACAGUCGUGAGUAUGAUCGCAUGGAGAAGUGUUGUGACGAGGCAGAUGCUGAGCUGGCAGAGGCCAAACAGGAGCUCAAACAACUAAAGGAGGCAGCUGCAUCCCAGCAGACAACAAGACAGCACCAAGAUGAGGAGGUGGUCACCCUCAAGGCUAAGAUCACGGCUCUGACAGAACAGGCAGAAAAAUCACAAAAGGACUUACAGGACCAACUAGAGAAGGAGACUGCGGAGGUGCAGGAUCUUAAAAAGAGCCUGGAGGACUUCCAGGAGUACCACAGUCGGGAGUAUGAUCGUAUGGAGAAGUGUUGUGACGAGGCAGAUGCUGAGCUGGCAGAGGCCAAACAGGAGCUCAAACAACUCAAGGAGGCAGCUGCAUCCCAGCAGACAACAAGACAUCACCAAGAUGAGGAGGUGGUCACCCUCAAGGCUAAGAUCACAUCUCUGACAGAACAGGCGGAGAAAUCACAAAAGGACUUACAGGACCAACUAGAGAAGGAGACUGCAGAGGUGCAGGAUCUUAAAAAGAGCCUGGAGGACUUCCAGGAGUACCACAGUCGGGAGUAUGAUCGUAUGGAGAAGUGUUGUGACGAGGCAGAUGCUGAGCUGGCAGAGGCUAAACAGGAGCUCAAACAACUUAAGGAGGCAGCUGCAUCCCAGCAGACAACAAGACAGCAUCAAGACAACGAGGUGGAAACCCUCAAGGCUAGGAUCACAGCUCUGACAGAACAGGCGGAGAAAUCACAAAAGGACUUACAGAAUCGACUAGAGAAGGAGACUGCAGAGGUGCAGGAUCUUAAACAGAGGCUGGAGGACUUCCAGGAGUACCACAGUCGGGAGUAUGAUCGUAUGGAGAAGUGUUGUGACGAGGCAGAUGCUGAGCUGGCAGAGGCCAAACAGGAGCUCAAACAACUUAAGGAGUCUAUGGUCCAUCCCAGCAGUUCCCAGGAAGCACAGGGUUACAGGGCCAGGUUUGCUGCCCUCCAGCAGUCUGCUGUGCAAGAGAAAGAAACAUUACAACAUGAGAACAAGUCACUAAAGUUGGAGCUGGCCUCAUUCAAAAUGCAGGUUGCAGGUCUCCAGCACGACAUGAAGAUUGCAGUGGAUCCUUUCAAAAAGAGGUGCAGAGUGCUUGAAGAAGACAACUUGAAACUCCGGCAAGAUGUUCGAGACAGAGAAAACGAGAUUCGACGUCUCCGACAGAAUAUGGAUGAGAGCUUCCAACAGCCGAAGGAGCCAGCUCUGUACAGCAGCGGGUCAGGGAUAGUGAACAGCACGGCUGUGUACAUCCUGGAGGCUGAGAAGUCCAGGCUGAACGCCAAGGUCAAGCAGCUGACCGCCCAAGUCCAGAAACUGACCCAGGCUCUGGACAGCAGUAAGACUGAAGGCACUGACAUGAGACGACAGUUAGAGGAGGCUGUACGAGAGAAAAAGUGCCUGGAAGAGCACAUCAGCCACCUGCGUCGCCGACACACGAGUGAGCAGAACCCGAGGGAACAGACAAGUGCAGUGCCUGGGCCUGUGGCAAGGGCCAUGCUAGAAGGUCUCCAGAGCAGUCCCAGUAAGAUGGGGAGUCCGCGGCUGCCGCUGAGCCCCGCCCGUGUGGGGACGGUGAGUCAGGCCAGCGGAGCGGCCGGCAUCGCUCAGCGAGCGCAGACGGGCGAUAACUGGAUGGAGCUGUUCGAUUACGGAGAGGAGGACAAAGAGAUGCAAAAGGAUAAUCCUAACUGUAAAGUCAGUUAAACGUAAACCCUAUGUACAGCAAGGGUCACUGAUAUGCAAAUGCCUUAUAGGAUAGACACAUAUACAUCUAUCUUGUCUAUCCCUAUCUAUCUGUUCAUGUUCAAGCUCAUGUACUUUACCUAUACAGCAAAUAGGAGUAUACAAUCCUGUAUCUCAGAUGUAAAUAAAUUACUAAAGUCUUAUAAUUUUCACCUCCGAGACUGUACAGUUCUAUUCUGUAAGCCGAUUCUGUCUUUUAUUUGGUGAUUUGAAGAAUGCUUUUUAGUAGUAUGUAGCUAAAGUUGUAGCUUAGAAAAGGAUUUCUGUAGCAUAUUGUUUUAAUUGUGGAUGAUCAUUAAUACACCCAUUGCUGAAUGAUACAGAAAAUAAAGAAAUAUAUCAGCCUAUUGUUUAUAUCAGAUGCAAAUAGUCUUAUUAUAUUAUAAUGCUUACUCCCAAAACUGUACACUUCAGUUAAGUAUCCCUAUUUGCUAUUUUGUGCUCUGUAGU